AACAGUCGCACGCUGCACCUCCCUCUGCGUGUUUGUUUCUUUUGUACCCUUCUCGCUGCGAAACUUCACGUGACUGUCUGUGAUGGAUGCAGACGACGGCGAAUGGGUGUGGGUGGGCCGGCCGGCCGAGCCGGAGGCAGCGGCAUGGUGGAGCGCCGCCACCGCCGCCGUCGGGCUAGAGAACGAGGACGACUGCGCGCUCAAGGUGGUCUUCGCAGCGCCUGCCCCACACUGGACCGACGCCGCGCCUCUCGGGAACGGCCGACUCGGCGCCAUGGUUUGGGGAGGCGUCGCGACCGAGACCAUCCAACUCAACCAUGAUACGCUGUGGACGGGGGUGCCUGGCAAUUACUCAAACCCUAAUGCGCCUGCUGUUCUUUCCAACGUCAGAACGCUGGUCGACAAUGGAGACUACACCGCAGCCUCGACAGCUGCCUUGGGCUUGUCUGGUCUUCCCUCUGAUGUCUACCAGCCUCUCGGUGACAUAAAUCUAGAGUUUGGAGAUACCGAUACUGCUUAUACUGCAUAUUACAGAGAUAUUGAUUUGAAGUCUGCAACAGUCAAUGUCAAAUAUGCCAUAGAGGAUGUGGAGUUUACGAGGGAGCAUUUUGCUUCCAAUCCACAUCAAGUAGUCGUUGCAAAAUUCUCGGCAAAUAAAGCAGGCUCAAUUUCUUUCACAGUUUAUCUGGACAGCAAAUUGCAUCAUCUUUCACGUAUAAGUGGGACAAAUGUGCUAAUCAUGGAAGGUAGUUGUUCUGGGAAAAGAAUUGCACCUAAAGAAUGCACCUCAGAGAAUCUGAGUGGAAUUAAGUUCUCAGCAGUUCUGGAUCUGCAGUUGGGUGGUGAUAGUUGUAAGAUAGGUGCUAUUGGUGAUAGGAAAUUGAAAAUUGAAGGUGCAGAUUGGGUUGUUUUGCUUCUUGCAGCUGCUUCCUCAUUUGAAGGGCCAUUUACUAAGCCUUCAGAUUCAAGAACAGAUCCUACAUCUACUGCCUUAAGCACAAUAAAUUCAAUUAGGAACAUGUCUUACUCUCAGCUAUAUGCCUCUCAUUUGGAUGAUUAUCAAAGUCUUUUCAAUCGCGUUGCAUUGCAGUUGUCAAAAGGGCAUAUAAGGGACUCUGAUGUGAACAAAGAACAACUGGAAAGAUCUUCAAACUUGGUUUCAUCGGUGAUUUCAACAGCUGAAAGAGUGAAAUCUUUUAAAAAUGAUGAAGAUCCUUCUUUGGUUCAACUUCUAUUCAAUUAUGGUCGUUAUCUGCUUAUCUCUUGUUCAAGGUCCGGAACUCAGAUUGCAAAUUUGCAAGGAAUAUGGAACAAGGACCUUGAGCCAGCUUGGGAUUCAGCUCCUCAUUUGAACAUCAAUCUGCAAAUGAAUUAUUGGCCAUCUCUUCCUUGCAACCUUAGCGAGUGCCAAGAACCACUGUUUGAUUUUAUUGCUUCCCUUGCAGUUAAUGGGAGUAAAACAGCAAAAGUCAAUUACCAAGCUGAUGGUUGGGUGGCUCAUCAAGUCACAGACAUAUGGGCAAAAUCAUCUCCUGAUCGUGGUGAUCCUGUUUGGGCUUUCUGGCCGAUGGGUGGGGCUUGGAUUUGCACACAUCUGUGGGAACAUUACAGGUUCUCAAUGGAUAAAGUGUUUUUACAACAGACAGCAUUCCCUCUUAUGAAAGAAUGUGCUUCAUUUCUCUUGGACUGGUUGAUCAAGGGUCGUGGAAGAUAUCUGGAAACAAAUCCUUCUACUUCUCCAGAACAUUCUUUUAUUGCUCCAGAUGGUAAGACUGCUAGUGUUAGCUAUUCAUCGACCAUGGACAUUGCCAUCAUCAAGGAAGUCUUUCUGGCAGUCGUCUCUUCUGCAGAGAUAUUGGGGAAUUCAGAUAGUGAAUUCAUCCAGCAGAUUGUGAAGUCACUUUCACAGCUACCCCCGACUAGAAUUGCUAGAGAUGGCACAAUCAUGGAAUGGGCACAAGAUUUCGAGGAUCCAGAUGUCCAUCAUCGGCAUGUUUCACACUUAUUUGGUCUUUUCCCUGGUCAUACAAUAACAAUAGAACAAACACCUGAGUUGUGCAAAGCUGCUUCUAACAGCCUUUACAAAAGAGGUGAUGUUGGUCCUGGGUGGUCCACCACAUGGAAAAUGGCUUUACAGGCUCGCCUUCGCAACAGUGAACACGCAUACAAGUUGAUGAAGCAGCUGAUCGUAUUGGUUGAUCCUGAUCAUGAAGCUGAUUACGAAGGAGGAUUCUACAGUAACUUGUUCACUGCACACCCUCCAUUCCAGAUUGAUGCAAAUUUUGGUCUCCCAGCUGCAAUCGCUGAGAUGCUAGUACAAAGCACAGAUCAAGACUUGUAUUUACUUCCUGCGCUCCCGCAAAACAAGUGGCCAACUGGUUACGUUAGAGGAUUGAAGGCUCGAGGUGGUAUGAUUGUUAACAUCUGCUGGAAGGAGGGGGAGCUGCAUGAGACCUGGUUUUGGAUUAAGAAUCAGAAUUCCAUCAGGCAAUUGCAUUACGAGGGACGGGUGACGACUGUAACACUCUAUCGUGGCAAAAUCUAUAGGCUCAACAAGCAUCUCAAAUGCUUGAAGACAUACCCUCUUGGAGAGGAAACGAUUUUGUGAUUUUGGGAUUAGUUUAAGGUGGAGUCAGAAAAUUGAGUCACACCAAAUCUACAAUACAGUAGUAGGAUUAUAUUUCUGCCUCCUCUACUCAUGACAUGACAUAUUUGGUUGGCAAUUAUAGGUUAAUGAUGAUGUUAUUUUGAU